GAGCUCCAGUGUGUAACACCAGGCGGAAGUAGCAGCGCUGCUAAUAGCGUUAGCAUCGCUGGCUUCCGUUCGGCUGGGAUCCAGAAUAAACCAUCUCCAGGAGGUCCGCAGACCCAAACUGGAAACCUGAGAGGAACCGGAACCGGAACCGAGCAGACCUCCAGCAGAUUUUAUUCUGUUGACUCAAGAGUUUUCUUAAACUGACAGAGGAAAUCAUUGUGAACCAGAUGGAAGAAGAGAAGGAACCAGAUGUUGCAGAUGUCAAAGAGGAACAUGAAGACCUUCUGGAUAAACAGCCAAGCAAUGAGCGACAUGCUGAAGAUCACCAGAUUAAAGAGGAACUGGACGAAUACUGCACCAGUCAGGAUGAAGUGCAGCUCGUUCUGAAGGAGGAGACAGAACCAUUGCUGAUGAAUCCUGCUUGUGAGCAAAGAGAUGACAGGGAGCCAGAACUAAGCAGGAACCGGACACAGAACUCUGUGGUGGCUGAAAACCAAAAACAGGAUGCAAAGAAAAAGAGAAAAUCAGCCCUGAGUAAAAACCCACAACCGAGGUCAAAGAGGAGAUGUCAGAAACCCAGAGUUCAAAGUGAUGGAGCCGAUGGAUCAAAAAGUAAAAAGCAAAAAAGAUCUCUGACUCACGCAGAACCAAAUGGGUUUUCCUGUAAAGUGUGCAGCAAGAGCUUCAUCCAGAGUAGCCAUUUAAAUAAUCACAUGAGGUCCCAUGCACGUAAGAAACAACAUCCGUGUGAGAUCUGCGGUAAGUUUUUAAACGACAAAGGUAGUUUAACUGUCCACAUGAGAACUCACACAGGUGAAAAGCCUUUCACAUGUCCCACCUGUGGGAAAAGUUUUGGUGCAAGAAGCAGCUUCAUUGCUCAUGUAAGAACUCACACAGGGGAGAAGCCGUUUCCCUGUCCGAGCUGUGAAAAAAGUUUCAUUGUGAAAAGUCAUCUCAUUACUCACAUGAGAAUUCACACAGGUGAGAAACCUUUCCAGUGUCUUACCUGUGGAAAACGUUUUGGAGCUAAAAGUAAUUUAAAUACUCACAUGCGAACCCACACAGGUGAGAAACCAUUUGCAUGUGUGAGCUGUGGAAAAAGCUUCAGUGUAAGGAGUCACCUGAUCACUCACCUGAGAACUCACACUGGGGAGAAGCCAUACUCUUGUCCUUACUGUGGGAGAAAUUUCAGCCUGCGAAGUCAUUUAAAUGUUCACAUGAGCACGCACACAGGUGAGAAGCCUUUUCCAUGUGUGGUGUGUGGUAAAAGUUUUAGAGUAAGAAGUAGUCUGACUAUUCACAUGAGAACGCACACUGAUGAAAAGCUGCACAUUUGUGAAGUGUGUUGUAAGGGUUUCACUCAGAGCAGUCGUUUGGCGUCUCACAUGAGGAUUCACACAGGCGAGAGGCCUUUCCCAUGUUCCACAUGUGGAAAAAGUUUCAGUGCAAAAACUUAUCUGAAUACACACAUGAGGACUCACACAGACGAGAAGUCUUACCUGUGUGUGAUUUGUGGAAAUAGUUUCAGUCGAAAGAGCAAUUUGAACAGACAUAUGAGGACACACACAGGUGAGAAACCCUAUGACUGUGAAGUAUGUGGAAAAUCCUUUGGUUGUAGUGGCAGCUUGACUGUUCAUAUGAGAUCUCACACGGGUGAGAAGCCCUUCCCUUGUGUAACCUGUGGAAAAAGUUUCAGUGUAAGGAGUUAUCUGAUCAUUCACAUGCGAACUCACACAGGUGAGAAGCCGUUCCCGUGCGUAACCUGCCGGAAAAGCUUCCUGCUAAGGAGUCAUUUGACUCGUCACAUGAGAGUUCACACCGGUGAGAAGCCAUUCCCGUGUGCAACCUGUGGAAAAGGUUUCAGUGUAAGAUGUCACAUGAUGGCUCACAUGAGAACGCACAAAGGAGAGAAGGGUCUUUCUGUUUAUGGACGUGAGGUGGUCUCCACCGUGGACAGGUCCCCAGCUGAGACCCUCAGACCUACAGCUGAGGUCUUCACCAACAUGGUGCCACUGGGCUUCAGGAAACCCUCAGGGACCACAUAUGGGCCCCAAGCCUAUUCAAAAAGUAGCAAAACCAACCUAGUCUGCGCAGCAACAAUGUGUUCCGUGGAGCCUCUGAGAGAGUUUAUCAGAGAGAGACUAACUGCUGCUGCGGAGGAAAUCUGCUCCCAGCUGGAAAGAACCAUCGUCCGCUUCGAGGAGGAGAUGGACCGUCAGCGCAGACUGCUGGACCUCACCUGGAGAGCCCGAACCCACCAGAACCCCGCAGGUCCUCCACAUGGUCAUCUCAGGGAGGAGAACUUCCAUAAUGAGCAGCAGCUGCUUAGCCAGGCGGACUGGGAGGAACUGGGACCCCCACAAGCAGAGCCACAACCACCUGAGAUUACAAAGAAGAAGAAGAGGAAGAAGAAACCAGCUCAACCUCCAGAGAUUAAAGAAGAACAUGAAGAACUGUGUAUCAGUCCGGAUGCUGAGCUGCUGGUUCUGAAGCAGGAGACGGAAACGCUGAUGGUGACGGUUGAUUAUGGUGAAACUGAUGACAGUGAACCAGAACCAGCCAGUGACCAACUCCUCCCUCAGAGCUCCCCUAAAGCUGAGAAUCAAGAGUUGGGAUCGAGUCCAUCUGAAGAGCUGGAACCAAGCCGGCCGUCAUCGGUCAGUCGGUCCGACCCGAACACGAGUAAAACUCCCGUCAAAUGUGACUUCUGUGAUAAAGAGUUCAGGUUCCAGUAUGCGCUGCGGAGGCAUCGCAAAAUUCACACGGGAGAGAAACCGUUCUCAUGCAAAACAUGCGGAAAGAGUUUCAUUAGAAAGUUUGCUUUGCUGAGCCACAUGAGGGUCCACACCGGGGAGAAGCCGUACUCAUGCACCAUCUGUGGGAAAUGUUUCCGGUGUAGCAGUGAUCUGUCAAAGCACACCAGCAUCCACUCCAGUGAAAAGCCAUAUUCCUGUGAAACCUGCCUGAAGAGCUUCACUACGAAGCGCAGCCUGAUCCUCCACAGGCGGUGUCACUCUGAGGAGCGGCCCUACUUCUGUCCUACGUGUCACAAAGGUUUCCGGCGAAGCGACAACCUUUCGGUCCACAUGAGAACACACAUGGACGAGAAACUGUUCACAUGCGAGUUUUGUGGCAAAAGUUUUAAUCAAAACGUGCAUCUGGUGAUCCACAGGAGAACCCACACAGGGGAGAGCCCUUACCCCUGCAGCAUGUGUGAGAAAAGGUUUAAAAACCGCUCGGCUCUGAACAGCCACCUCAGAAUGCACACUGAACAUCCGCUUUAGGGCUCCAGACUCCUGCUUCAGAAAAGUAAAACCUCCAUGUUCUGUACAGGAGUUCUGCUGAUUAGCACAAAAUCAGAUUUAGCAGGAAGAUCUUUUUAUCUCUUUGAAUCUUUUUGCUUUCUUUGAGUCGUGUCUGUAAAGAUGGAGAGAAAACGUUUGCAUAAAGGACCUUGUGUGUUCCAGCACAGUCAGUAAGAGGCGCUGUAAGCCAGUCAUUAGACCUUCAGACACACUGAACUCUGAGUUUUUGUUCUCAGCCAGUCAGAAUUGAGGCUGCAGCCUCCUGCUUUACUCCACCUUGAUGUGAAAGUGGACUCAGAAAGCUUCAGGGCGAGGAGGAGGAGGAACUCAGAGGGUGUGGAAAUCCGGAUGUUUUCUGUAGAACACCAGGAAACACAGAACUGUGACAGUGUCUCUCCCCCCCCCACGGUGGUUUUCUGUUGGCGUUCAGAGCCGAAGCAGCAGCAGCUUCCAGGUCUACAGGAACGAGAGAUCAGAGUGAAGCUGGUUGCUUUUCUCACGACUCGGCUGGUUCUCCUGUUGAGCUUCUUUAAACUGCAGAAGAAACGAGUUCCUGAUCAGGAGAACACGAGGAACAGGA